UUCUCCCCACUGCGUUUUAAGGUAAAAUAAAUAAAAUCAUCACCUUUUAUGAUCUUCCUUUAGUAAUUUUUUCUCUCAAAAUUCCCUCUUUCUCUCUCCAUUUCCCAAUAUUUUCUCAGCUUACCUGAGUUUUGUACGGAUCGCCUCCCAGGAUUUAUCCUUUUUGGUAGAUAUGAUUUCGGAGUGCAGAAUUUGCCGUUAAAUUAUUGAUGAAAAUGGAUCAAGAGUAGAUAUUCUCAGUUUUAUAGCUGCCUGCAAGAUUGCUUGACUAGUUGUUCGGGUAAUCUUGGGAAGACAAUUUGUUGUGUUAGGUUAGUAUCUUAAUUUUGUUUGGAGCAUCAAGUAAUAGAUAUGUCAACUCGAACAGUAAGAAGGGUUUCACGUCAAGAUAUACAGCUGGUUCAAAACCUUAUAGAACGAUGUCUUCAACUCUACAUGACGCAGAAGGAAGUUGUGGAAACUCUGCUGGCUCAGGCCAAAAUUGAGCCUGGUUUUACUGAACUUGUUUGGCAAAAGCUUGAAGAAGAGAAUAGAGAAUUCUUCCAGGCUUAUUAUCUGAGAUUGAUGGUGAAGCAACAAAUAAUGGAAUUCAACAAGCUACUUGAGCAACAGGUGCGAUUGAUGCAUCAGAUUCAUCCAACUGGAGUUUCCUCAAUCUCUAAUUCUAAUGGACCUCACGUGCCACUGAUGCCUCUGAACUCAUCCUGCUAUGCACCAGAGAACACAGGGCAAGCUUUGAAGCAGGAGAACAUGCACCAUCCCAUGGGAUCCAGUUUGCCUAAUGUGUUCACUAAUGGUAGUUCAUCAUUGCAUGCUGGAAUGCAUGCUCCUAUUGAGGUGCCUACCCAUGCCAGCAGGAUUGAUCCCCCAGCAGCAAUGCUUCCAACUCAGAGUUCACACAUGGGCCUGAUGCAAGGAAUAAAUGGGAAAAUGCUAAAAUCUGAAGCUGGUUAUUCGGGCAGUUCUGCUUACAUGUUUGGUGCUGAGAGCAAUGCACUAGAGGCACGUCCAACAAUUGGGGAUGCGUCUUUCAGUAGUGUAGAAUCAAGCACACAACCACUGAAUGAACCACUUCUGGAUGCUGACAUUUCUUCAUUUGGAUUUUUAGGCCAGAUCCCUCGCAAUUUCAGUCUUUCAGAUCUCACAGCUGACUUUUCUCAGAGUUCAGAUAUACUGGAGAGCUACCCCCGGUCACCUUUUUUAGCAACAGAUAAUGAGAAUUUCCUGGAUUCUCGUGAAAGAGAACAUCAAGGAGACAACAGAAGGUUGGACACCAUAUCAGAGGGAUUGAGUUAUGAAGAUUUUAGAAAUGAAUAGCCCUACAACAUCAAUGGUCCAAUUGCUCCCAUUGGCAAAAAAAGGGUUUUGUAUAUAUAGCAUUUUAGAAGUAAAAGUUCAACUACUUUGAUUGAUGAUGGAUGGAAGAAGUUCACUGACAUCAUUCUGUAGUGAUGAAAAUAGACAAUAGGAUGGCUCGGAGAUGGACAAAGAGGUUAAAAAUAAAUUCAAACAAACAUACACAGUUUUUUGGUGCCCAUGGGACUCGGUGGAAGCAGCUUUUACUCGAUCAGCUGGCUGUCUUAGAAUCUGUUGGCGAGUGUUAUUUGCAUAUGAUGGUCUUUAUGGACAGC